UCCUGCGGCACGGCUCCUGGAAGAUAUUACCUGAUCUGUUCCUGCCUUUCCUGCAGCAGUAGCACACGCACUUUUUCGUGAUGGAGGAUUCGGUGGGCGAGGCGGAGAGGAGGGAGCAGGAGGCGCAGGGGAAGAAGCGCGGACGAGAGGAAGAGCAGGAGGCCGGCGCUGGUCGUGCGGUGGAGGGGAAGGCAGAGGUGGCGGUGGCUGAGGAGGGCGGGUUUCUCAGCAGCAUGGCGUCCAAGAUCGGCGUGGCCAUGUCGGGUGCUACUAACGGCGGCGGCGGCGGCGGCGCUGAGGACACCGGCGAAGGCAAUGGCAACGGCAACGGGAACGCGCUUGCUGUCUCUGACGGCGACGCGGAGAAGGCGGCCGGCAAUGGCAUCUUCCACAAGCUGCUGUCCAGCUCGUCUCCUUCCCCGCCGGCCGCUGAGGAAGAGAGAAGGGAAGGGAAAGACGAGGACGAAGGCGGCGAGCAGGCCGGGAUACUGAGCGCCAUGGCUUCCAAGAUCGGCAUGGCCAUGUCUGGCAAUGGAACCCACGGCGGCAGCGGGGAAGAUGUUGAUCACAGUAACGGUGAGGGCGAGGGCAAGGAGAAGGAGAUGGGAGGCGACGAGCCGAGCUCCAACGGCGGUGGGCUCGUUAAGCAGAUCAUGUCCAACCUCCCCACUUCAGACACUCGGGGGCCCGAUGCUGAGGAGGCCUCCCUGCUCAUCUCCAUCAUCGACGACUAGACUAGCAGGAGAUAGAUUUGGCACUUGUUAUUUCUGGGUGUAGUUUUACAUCGCCCAGCGUGCCCUCUUUCUUGAUGCUCAUGUUGUAACACAUGUUUGCACCUUGAUAAGUGUACUGGCCUGUAAUCGCAUUGACUGAGAACUGGUCCUCCUCGCUUAUUAUACUUGCUAGUACUCCUUGGAGUGUGAA